CCUCUCUUUUCCCGGCUGCAGGAAGCCAUGCUUAUCCUUUUCAUGUCUCCUCCUUCUCCUCCCUGCCUCAUCCUUUCUGCCUGUUCUUCCCCUGCCUCACAAUUCUAGGUGUUAGGCAGGUGCAUGAACAUGGACAGAGAAACAGAUGAAUGCAACAGCAGCAUGAAGAACAGAUCUGGAUCUGUGCAUUUUUGUGGUGAGUCCAGACCUUAGCUAGUUGCCAGGAGAGACAGAAGGGUGUGAGAGCAAUUGAGCGCAGGAAGAUGGAGGACACUCAGCCGACAGAGGAGAGGAGGGAGGACGGUUCCAGAGCUUUAGGAACCAAUGCAUCCCUUUCCCCGGCAACCUUAAGCCCAGCUGUUCCUCCGUAUGUGAAACUAGGCUUGACAGUGGUCUACACAGCUUUCUACUCACUGCUCUUCGCCUUUGUCUAUGCCCAGCUGUGGCUGGUGUUGCGCUACCGGCACAAGCGUUUCAGCUACAAGACGGUAUUCCUCUUCCUGUGCCUGCUGUGGGCGGCACUGCGUGCCCUGCUCUUCUCCUUUUACUUCAGGGACUGUGUGACGGCCAACGCACUUGGGCCCUUUGCCUUCUGGCUGCUCUACUGCUUCCCAGUGUGCCUGCAGUUUUUCACACUCAGUCUGAUGAACCUCUACUGUGCACAGGUUUUCUUUAAGGCCAAGUCGAAGUAUUCUCCUCAUCUGCUCAAGUACAAGUUCCCUUUAUACCUGGUCUUUGUAGGUGCUAGUCUGCUCUUCCUGUUGGUGAAUUUGGCUUGUGCCCUGCUGGUUAAAAUGACGGAUGCGCAAAUUAAGACAAUCGUCUUGGUGCGUGUGACCAUUAACGACUCGCUUUUCGUGCUCUGUGCCAUCUCACUCUCCGUCUGUCUCUAUAAGGUGGCCAAGAUGUCCCUUGCCAGUAUCUACCUAGAGUCCAAGGGGACUUCUGUGUGUCAGGUGACCCUGAUCGGCAUCAUGGUGAUUCUCUUGUACACAUCGCGCGCCUGCUACAAUCUUGUCGUUCUGGCUUUAACAGACAUCGAAAACAUCAAUUCCUUUGAUUAUGACUGGUACAAUGUGUCCGACCAGGCAGACCUGAGGUCCAAUCUGGGUGAUGCUGGAUAUGUGGUGUUCGGGGUGAUUCUAUUCGUCUGGGAACUUCUGCCCACCUCCCUGGUGGUCUUCUUCUUCAGGGUUCGCAAGCCAGCGCAAGACAGGAGUACUUCUGCCAUCCCCAGUCAUGUCUUCUCCACCAAACGCUACUUUUUUGACAAUCCACGACGAUAUGACAGUGAUGAUGACCUGGCCUGGGGAUCUUAUCCUCAGAAUUCCUCGACAAGUUUGUCCUCAGACUGCUAUGACUGGGGCAGCCGAAGCAGCAGCUUCCUCAUAAAUCUGGGUGGAGAAAAUCAGAGAUCGUCACCAGGCCUAAACCAUUAAGAGAACAGCACCUUUGACGCACUGCACUUUUAACAUGUACAUCUACAUAGAUGGUCUUUACAGCUGACUAACACUUCCGACUCACACGCCAGCCAGAAAGAGGCUUGCGUAAAGUGAGCUCUAAAGAAGGCAUGAGUUACCAUGGUGAUCACAGGGAAGUGAUGCAUGGGUUACCAUGGUAACCAUGUCCGACUGCAUUGUGUCCUCUCACGAUGUAACUAAUGUAAAAAGGUACACUAAUCAAGAUUUUGGCCUGUCACGUCUUCAGUCAAAAGGCCACAAACGUCACAAAUGUCAGUUGUAGUUGUUACUGUAGUACACACUUGUAACUAAACC